AUGGAUGAGACAAAAUAUGGAGAAGAUGGGGAAGUUUUGAAUGUGAAUAAGAAGGUGAAUUUAUUUACAGUUCUAAAAAACUACAGGUAUGGUUUUUCAGUACACAUUUUUUGUGAUUGAUGCAUCUGAGGCGAUGUUUGAGAGCAACAAAGAUGGAGAAUGUGAUUUCAAAUAUGCUUUGAAGCUGGUUUUGAAUGAGUAUUUGAAUAUUUGUUGUAAUUGGACAUUGAAGAAUCAAGUUGGAAUUAUUAUUACGAAUCGGGUAAGAUUUAUAUGGAAAUUGGGUUUUGAAACAGCUAAAAAUUCUGAAUUUCUGAAGUUUUCUCUUUAAUUUUUCAUUUCCUUCAAAAAUGUCAUGAUAAAAAUCAUAUUUAUGACGUCAUAAGAGGUUUGAACUUAUCAACUCAGAGCUUUUAAAAUAAUUUGAAGAAGAAGUCAAGAAAUUAAAAAAAAUCCACGAUUUCCACGUGGAUUUUUGACAGCAGAAUUUGUGAAUUUUCAAAAAUUAGGUAAAUCAGAAAAAUUCAAAAGAUCACGUUCCGACCCAUCAAAAAUUUGAAAAAAAUUAAAUAUUGAUCAAAUUUUUGAAACAGUGAAAAAUAUUAUUUGAAGCAAUUUUCCAAUUGAAACUUGAAAAUCCCAGAAAUUGUUCGAAUUAUUCCCAAAUUUCAGGAAAAUCCAGAAACCAAUGACAAUUUCAUCGUUUUUUCACCGAUGGGAAUUCCGGGACAAGAAGAAGUGAACGAAAUUCGAGAAUUGUUGGAAAGUGGUCAGAUUUUCUUCCUUUUCUCUCAAUUUUUUUUCAAAAUCCCGUUUUUUUCCAGAAAAUAUCAAAAAGGAAAUAAAAGGCGAGUCGAAGACGUGCGAUUUGGCGAAUUGUUUCAAUUUUUGUAAACGACAAUUUUCGGGUUUCUCAAAUACCAGACAUCAAUCAGUGAUUUAUUUUACGAAUAAUCGAAAUCCGUUUGGAAGAGAUGAUUUUUGGGAAUCUUCGUAUUUUGUAAGUUGAGCGAACUUUUAGGGGAAAAUAAUUGGACCGAAAAUGGGAAAAAAACUGUUUGUGUUAGAAUUUCAGCAGAAUCUGAAAUUUUUCAAAAUACUCUCAAAAUUCUGAAAAAUUUUAAAUGAGCUCGAGUUUAGGCUCAAAAAAUUUCGGACUCUGAAAAUUUCAGAUGUCUUUUGAUUGUCGGUUUUCGUGAUUUUUUUCUUGUUUGAAAAAUUCAGAUUCCCUUUGAAAUUCUGAGUAUUUUGAGCACAAAAAAGCUCUUUUUGAAACGUUUUUUUUCCUAAAACAUUAGAUACCUUAAAAUUAAAUUUUUGAUCUUCAAGUUCACCAAAAUCAACUAAUUUCCGUUCAGAAACGCACCAAAACUGCGAUCUCAAAAAUCAUUGGAAUUGGUCAGCGAAAAACCCUUGGUGAAUUCUCAGUCAUCCUUGUACCUGAAGACUCUUAUCGACCUGAAAAUCGAGAAGAAAAAGAAAAAGAAGCUUGGUAUCAUUUGGACACUGAAGUGUUCACCAAAGAAUGCGAUUCACAGCGAAGAAUUCGACAGAAAACCACUGUUACAAGAUCGCAUGCGAAUGUUACUGUGAAAUUGGGGCCCGGUGUGGAAUUUGAUGUUGGAGUGUGAGUUUUUCAGAAUCUGAUUACUGGGAAGAGGGUUUGGGGGAUCAGAAAAUAUGAGGUUCAGAAAUCAUAUACAGAAAACAUAUUAAUUUUAUUCUAAAAUACUAAAAAAAAUGUUUGAAUAAGCUCAAUUGUCGAGAUACACAAGAUCACCGAUAAAUCAUUAUUUGACAAUUUUCUGUUCACAGUUCUAUUCACAUCAGAAAUAAUAAUUGCUUUGAAAAUUUCGAAAAAUUACGUUUCAAAAUAUUAUGUUAUUUUUCCUUGGAUUCCGGCAUUUUCAAUCUUAAGCUUUUCGAUGAUUCGAAUCUGAAAUGUUUCUUCUUCAGAAUCAAUUCCUAUACAAUUAAUUGUAAAACUCACCUUGGUAUUCAUCUUCACAUUUUUAGUUUUGCACAAUCUUUUCAUCAAUUUAGAAAUCAUCAUCUUUUCUACUGGAAUGCAAUGCAAUUUCUUCGACAGAUUUAUUUGGCUUAAAUAAAAAUGAUGAUUUUUUUUCGCUGUGAAAAUACGUUUCAGAAGAUUCUGUUGAAGGGCUAGACUUAUCAAUACAAUUGUUUUGUUUGGCUGAAAUAAAAAUGUGAAUAUUUGGGGUUCCUCAAUUGUCGAGGUUGACGAUAAAUCAUCAUCCGACGUUUUUCUGUGGGGAGUUCUGUUCAGAUCAGACGAGGUUCAGAAAUCAUAUACAAAAAAAUUACAUUUUGUUAAAAUUCGGAAAAUUUUGAAUUAUAUAUGUCCAAGACAGAUCAAUCGGACUGAUUUUCAGAAUCCCUUUAGCUACGAUCCUGAUUCAAAAAUUUUCUUUCAGCUUCACACUUGUUUCGGAAGCUCGUCCAUGGCCAAAAGCACAAAAAUAUUUGAAAUCAACUGAAAUGCCGAUUGAAAAGAAUGUUGGAUAUGUACCAGUUCCACAAAAACAAAAAGGAGAAUUUGAAGAUUCAGAUGAUGAUUUCUUUGUGAGUUUAUCAUUUUCACAAGCUUUCUUUGAACUUUAUAUUCAACAAAUUUCAGAGUUCUUCGAAACCCGCAAAACCUACAAUUUCUGAAUUGAAAACACAAUUAACAAAUCAAGUGAUUCAAGGUGGAGAAGAAUUGCGAAAAAGAGCUGAAUUGAGGAAAAUGGUUGAACUUGGAGGAGAGAAAGUUGUGCUGGAUUCAGAAGAACACAAAGCAAUGACACAAUUCGCGCAAAAAGGGAUUCAAUUGAUUGGAUUUUGUCCAAUUGAGAAUGUUGAUUGUGAAAUUUCGAUUGGGCAGCCGAAAUUAUUGAGGCCGAAUGAGGAGGUGAGAUUUGAAGGGGGUGCUCCGGAAAAAUUUCAGUUGUGCCGAAAAAUUAACUGAAAUUUUUGAAAAAAAAUCGAGACAUAAAUUUUCAUUUUUUCCGGAAUAUUUCUAAAAUGAAAAUUGGAGUUUCUAAAAGCCCACGGCUACUAGAAAACUAAUAUUUGUAGGCUCUGCUACUUAAGAACUUGAGUCUGUAGGCGCAGGCCCUAGACAAUCAGGGUUUCUAGGCUCGGCUGCUUGAGAACUAGUUUCUCUAGACGCUGGUCCUAGACAAUUAGGUUCUCUAGUCUCGGCUACUUGACAACUAAUUUUUAUAGGCUAGGCUAUUUGACAGCUAGGUUCUCUAGACUCAGUUGCUUGAGAACUAGGCUCGACGCAAGCCCUAUAAGUAUAAAAUCCUCUUAAAGUUUGGAUUUAAAAAUCUAAUGUAAAACCUUCACCAAAAUCUCAAAAAAAAAUAAUAAAUUUCAGACAACACUCGGAAGCACACGAAUUUAUCGAGCAUUGCUGGAUCGAUGUUUUGCCAGACAACAAGCAAUGAUUUGUAAAUAUCAAAGUAGAUCAAAUGAAAAAAUGAGAAUGGUUGCAUUGAUUCCGUGGAAAAAAGCUGGUUUAGAAGAGCAAGGACAAGAAGGAGAUGAUGAAGAUCAGAAACCAGAUGUGGUAAGAAUAUUUUGAAGAUUUACAUAAAAACAAGAAUUUCAGAAAAAUUUGAGAAAACUUCGCGCUCAAGCUGAUGCUUCUGAAUUUCUACAAGAAGGUUUUAGUAUUGUUGCGCUGCCGUAUAGAGAAGAGGUAAAUAUUCAUUUCUUAUGUUCAUUUUUUCAUCCAAUAAAAAUUUCAGAUGAAAUCUACUGUUUCGAGUGAUGUUAAAUGGCCAGAAAUUGAGGAACAGGAGAAGACAGUCGCAAAAAAAUUCAUCAAAAAAUUGACAAUGUCUUAUAACCCGGGAUUCUAUGAAAAUCCGAGACUUUUAUCCGAAAGAUCUGCACUUUGUGAAAGAGCAACUGGAGAAGAAUUAAUUGAGAGAAGAGAUACUUUGAGUAAGUCAGAAUUUAUUAGUUUAGUAUUUAAAAUAUGGAAUUUUCUGCAGUACCUUAUCAUAAUUAUCCUGAGCGACUUCAAAGAGUUCAUGCUGAAAUUGAACAAAUAACUCAAGUUUUUCAUUUGGAUGAGGUUGGAAAAGCUGAAUCAAAACCCCAGAAAAAACGGAAAAAUGAGGAAGAUUCUGGAAAUUCGAAAAACAAAAAAGGAAAACCAGAUAUUAAAGAAUUGUAUGAAUCUGGAAAACUAGCGAAAUUGACGAAAGAUGAAUUAUUAGAAGAAAUUGAGAAGAAUUGUAAAAAUGCGGAUAUCAACAAAAAAUCGAUGAAACAAGAUUUGGUGGAUUUUUUGACGAAUUAUUUUGAGAACUUGUAA